AUGCAGCGUCAGAGUGGCAGUGCAGGGCGAGGAAGAGGAAGAGGAAGGCAGGGUGGGGUUGGAGCCGCUGCAAAAGGCAGCGGCGGCGGCGGCGACGGCGGGGGGAACAGGGGAAGGGGUGGAGAGGGAGGAGGAAGAGGUGUGGAGAGGGAAAGCCAUCAGCAAUCUCUGCCUGUUUCUACAUCUCCUCCUCCUGCGGCCGUUGUUGCAGAGGAAGUUCACUCUCUGAGCCGCGAUGUGGAGCAGCGGCUCUCCAUCGAACACGCGCCGUCGGCGUCAGCUCAACCGCCUGCUUCUCCUCCCAUUCUCGUGCCGUCAUCGUCGAAGACCAUAAGACCGCCUGCUCGACCAGGAUUCGGGACGGUCGGCGAGAAGAUCACACUUCGAGCAAACCAUUUCCUUGUCAAGCUCCCUCAGAAGGAAAUAUUCCACUACGACGUCAGUUGCUGAAAUUACUUUUACUUGUUCUUCUUACGUCACUAAAUUACUCUCUCUCUCUCUCUCCCUCUCCGUACUUUGCAGUCGUUUUCGUACAUCCAUAUCAUGGGCACUGUUCCUGCCUCAUCGACGACCCCAGACCCUUUUCCUGGCCUUGGAUAAGUUAUGCUUCAGUAUUAUAACUCUCCGUGUGUAUUCUGGACGUUUCUCGCUCCAUCGUCAACUCUCCUCGCUUGUCAUGCGCAUCCGCGUUCUUCGACGCAGAUGGGCUCUCCGUUGUAUCUUCCCUUUAAUUUUCUUCACCUUGGGGAUUAAUCGUUGACAGCCUGAACGAACUUUUGUGCGAUCGGAGUUGUAAUUUUCUCAAUUUAAGACAUGUUAAACUCAUCGACAACUUAUCCCUGGAAAUUGAUACCAAUUUCUGCUGGGUUUUCUGCUAGAGAUCCUGACGCUUUUUCUGGCUCCGAUACGUAUGUUUAGGUCGCCAUUACUCCUGAAAUCCAGUCGAAGGCACUGAACAUGUCUAUAAUCGGUGAGCUUGUUCAAAAGUAUGGAGAAUCGCAUCUGGGAAAGCGACAGCCGGUUUAUGAUCGCAGAAAAGGCUUGUACACGGCUGGCCCUCUGCCGUUCGACUCGAAGGAAUUUGGGAUCGAGUUGAAGGGGAAGGACGAAUCCAGGCAUGCCCAUUUUGAGCUUCCCUUUGCAGUUUUAUUUAUUUUCUCUUUAAAUUCAAUUAAAUGCCACUCUCUUGCGGCUUUGGUUUUUUUUUCUUAUGAAGAUCAAGGAAAUUCAAAGUGGCCAUCAAAUUAGUGGGGAAGGCUGAUCUCACCCACCUCCAUGAGUUCAUGGCGGGCAGGCAUUUGGAUGAACCAAAGGAAUCUAUUCAUGCACUCGAUGUCGUCUUAAGACAGACUCCCUCUCUCAGGUAAACGUAUCGCGUGGCUAAUCUUGCAGGUCUACGUUCGGUGUCCUAUUCCUGUGCAACUGAGUGUUUUUUAAUUCAUCUCUGUGCCAGCUAUGUGACAGUGGCAAGGUCUUUCUUCUCACCAUUGCUGGGGGACAUGUUCUCCAUUGGAGGUGGUGUUGAGGGCUGGAGGGGUUUCUAUUCAAGUCUUCGUCCGACCCAGAUGGGACUUUCACUAAACAUUGGUAAUUUUUAUGGAAAAUUUUAGCAUUCUUCUCGUUCAGUUUUCCCCUAGAGUUGAUACUUAUGAUGUUACUCUCUCCAUCCAUAACUCAUUUGGCAGAUAUUUCGGCUACCUCAUUUUACAAGCCAGUAAUGGUGACAGAAUUUGUCGCCGAGUACCUCGCUCUCAUUCCCCGGGCCAUGACUGGGCCACUCAGUGACACUGAUCGGAUUAGGGUCUGUAUGAUGAUCAGUUGGCCUUCUCCAAACUUUUUUUUUUUUUUUCUUCUUCUUCUGGGUACUUGUUGAACCCGUAUUUCUGUCUACGAGUUCACGUCUUCAUUCAUUCUCAUCAUCUAACGACAGAUCAAGAAGGCUCUCAGAGGGAUCAAAGUUCAGGUAACUCACAGGGCAGAAGCAGUCCGGCGAUACCGUGUCACUGGGAUAUCUUCAGCGCCAGCAAAAGAGUUAAUGUACUGUAUUAACUGAUAGAACAAGACCCUCGAUUAUUAGGCUCCAGCUGUUGUCAUUUUCUAAUUUUGAUUGUGCUCAUUAUUUUCAGUUGGUUAAUCAGGUUUUCUGCGGAUGAUCAAGAGACUGCAAAGAUAUCUGUUGUUCGGUAUUUCAAGGAGAAGUAUAAACUCCAACUGAAGCACAUCAACUGGCCCUGUCUUCUGUCAGGAAGUGAUACGAGGCCAAUAUAUUUACCGAUGGAGGUUCUCCUGAUGCAAUUUGUUCAUCACAGUGCGCUUCACCUAUGAAUUCAUCUUCUUUUUUUUUUCUUUUUGCAUUCAAGCUUCCUUGUUGAUACCAGGUGUGUAGAAUUGUGGAGGGACAGAGGUACACCAAAAAGUUGAAUGAACGACAAGUAACAGCAAUCCUCAGGGCAACAUGCAGGCGCCCAAAUGAGAGGGAACGAAGUAUUGCAGCUGUAGGUCCUUCCUUCCUCCUCUUUGGUUCGAUGCUCUCAUUACUCCUUUCGGAUUCCGUCUCCUCUGUUUACGUUAUUUAUGACUGACUCUAUAAAAUUUUAGUUGGUUGUUGGAAGCAGAUAUGCCAAUGACAAGUAUGUGAAAGAGUUUGGGAUCAGCGUGGGCAAUGAACUCUGUACGAUUGAGGGUCGGGUGCUUCCACCUCCAAUGGUGAGGACUUUUCGUUCUAUAGUAAUCUGGCUUCUUCGAAAGUGGAUGAAUGUGGGCUGACUUUUUUUCUGGAUAUUACAGCUCAAGUACCACGAGAGUGGUCAACACAAAGAGUGCCAGCCAGCGGCUGGACAAUGGAAUAUGAGAAAUAAGGUGACAAGAUGUCUCAUUUAGUGUUCGAUGAACAGUCCCACGCAUCUCAUCCUUAACUUAUUUAUUUUUAAUUUAUUUUUAUCUCGAUUCCUUUGGACAUUGAUUUACAUACAUGAAGGGUUUAAAUAAUGAUGCUCUACCCGCUUCCAUUAAGGCACAAAUACUGAUCUCACCGGCUUUGGUGAUUCCCAGAGGAUGGUUAAUGGUGGGACUGUGAAGUACUGGGCAUGCUUGAAUCUGUCAAAUUGGGACAACAAUCAGGUAGAUGAUUUCUGUCGUCGUCUGGGAUCCAGGUGUCAGGAAAUCGGCAUGGUACACCCCAAUUCUUCUGUCCUUGCGCCUUUCCCUUGCAAAACUCUGGGAUUUUUCCUGUGAUGAAAAUAUACAUCCCUUUUCUCUCAUCAUGAUCUUGGUGCAGUCUUUCGAGCAACAACCAGUGAUAGAUACUCAUCGGGCACCUGUAGAAAGAGUGGAGGAAGCUCUGAAAGACAUCGACGACAGGACUACUGCCAUUUUGAAGAAGCAAGGUGAGGGGAAGCGUCUCCAGCUGCUGAUGGUUAUAUUGCCCGGAAAGGGUUGGUUCUAUGGUGAGUUAUCAUCUACCAUCGUCCUAGUCUGGAAUUAUUUAGUUCAACAUAUUAUAUCUUCCACUGUUGUCGUUUACUUUCUCCGCAGGCAAGAUCAAGAGAAUAUGUGAGACCGAGCUGGGUAUCGUUUCCCAGUGCUGCCAAUUGAGACACGUCUGGGGAUGCAAUGAUCAGUAUUUGGAAAAUGUUUCGUUGAAGAUCAAUGUGAAGGUUUGCUGUGUCAUCUCCUCCAAGUUCCUCUUUUUUUGUGCUUAUUUCUAAAUCUCAGAUAGUAUAAAAUAAACACGGAUGGCAUUUUCCCGAAUUAACGAAUUUCUAUGAUAUUCCAUAAGACCAUAGUACAUCGUUGAUGUGGCAGGUCAACGGAAGGAACACUGUUCUUUUGGAUGCUAUGACGAAAAGGGGGAUACCAUUCAUUACCGACAGACCCACCAUAAUCUUCGGCGCAGAUGUCACUCAUCCUGCACCCGGAGAAGAUUCCACCCCUUCUAUCGCAGCGGUAUGAUUUUCUAUUCUUUCUCGUAAUAUUUAAAUUUUUAACAACAUUUUUCUCCAUUUUCUUCUGACUUUUUACGCCCAACUGCUCUUCUCAGGUUGUUGCCUCCAUGGAUUGGCCGGAAGUGACGAACUAUCGGUGCCUGGUCUCUGCCCAAACCCGCAGGCAAGAGAUGAUAAAGGAUCUAUUCAUACCUCCCCAGGGUGACCGCCCAGUUGGGGGCAUGAUCAGGUUUACUUAAAAAGGAAUUUUAUUCUUUUAUUAUUAUUCUUUCCAAUUUUUCACACAUCCUUCCGCCUUCUUAACAACCCUUCCCGUUCUGCAGGGAUCAUCUGCUUGCGUUCUACCAGAAAUCCCGGCGCAAACCAGAGCGUAUCAUAUUCUACAGGUUUUCUACUCACCGAUGCUGCUAUUAAUUUUAUAGACGUUGGAUAACCUUUUAUAGCCGUUAAUCAAUUGUCAAUGGAGGCUGCAGGGACGGUGUCAGCGAAGGUCAGUUCAAUGAGGUCCUCCUAUAUGAAAUGGAUGCUAUACGCAAGGUGGCGAUUUUUUCGCCCUUCUUCUUCAAUCGAGUCUUCUCCCCCACCGCCUCCUGUUUCUUUCUUUUCUUCUUCGACUUGAAGCUUCAACCCCAAGGAGAAGUCUCUUCUCACUACUCGCCGUCUGCUGUCGUCGUGUUCCCAGGGCUGUCUGUCCCUGCAGGCAGAGUAUCUUCCCCCGGUGACAUUCGUCGUGGUGCAGAAGAGGCAUCACACGAGGUUCUUCCCUCGUGAUCGUGCAAACACUGACAGAAGCGGGAACGUUCUACCUGGUCUGAGAAUCGGAAAAGUCUUGAUUUUUUUUCUUUAUUAUUAUUAUUUUUACUACUGAGGUUGGGAUCUUGAUGGAUGAUGAUUCUUCUGCUUCCACUGUUUUUCCAGGCACUGUCGUGGACACCGGCAUCUGUCAUCCUACGCAGUUUGACUUCUACCUUUGCAGCCACGCGGGAAUCCAGGUCAGCUGAUCCUCUGUAAUCCGUAAGUGGCACAGGUUUGACUCUUUUUCGCACUCUAACCCUUUAUCUUUUUUUGCGCCGUGAUGUCUGUCUUCAGGGAACCAGCAGACCCACCCAUUACCACGUCUUGUUCGACGAAAAUGGCUUCUCUGCUGAUGCCCUUCAAACGUUGACGAACAACCUCUGCUAUACGUAACCUCUUCUUCUCCCUCUCUCUCUCUCUCACUCACUCACUCUCACUCACACACACAUCCGCGCGUCUCUCUCAACAUUUAUCUAGUGACGCGAUAUAUCUAGAUAUGCAUGUUGAUGGCCAAUUCAUUCAUCUUUCAGAUACGCUCGCUGCACUCGCUCAGUCUCAGUGGGUGUGUAUCAAAGAUUUACCAUUUUUAUCUCGGAUUUUUGAUUGGACGGGUUGAUAAAGUCAACCUUCUCUCCAAUCUCCACUGCAACGACCACCCCCUUCCCCCUCGGGCUGACGACUGUUGUUCUUGGUGCAGUCCCUCCUGCGUACUACGCCCACCUGGCGGCGUUCCGCGCGAGGCACUACGUAGAUGGCGACGCUUCGGACAGGGACUCCAGCAGCGGCACCGUCGCCCGGGGGACGUCUGCGGGUGCAACCGUUCUCCCCAGCGUGCAGAAGAUCGUGCAAGACGUCAUGUUUUACUGCUGA